AUGGCCAACGACGACCAGGCUACCGACGAAUCGUCCAUCAAGCCUGUGUCGUCGCUACGCUCGCGCUUUGAGAAAUUGACCACGAAUNNCCCCCCUCCGUUACAAUCCACGCCUUCUUUCAAUGCGCGCAGGUCCCUCGAUCUUCCACGACCAACCCCGAGCUCAGACGCCGUGCCUGACACCACACCCCAAGGACUGAAGAAAGCGAAGCCUCCUCCGCCCAAACCGCGACCUGUGUCGACAGCAUAUCCUUUGACUCCUCGUCAUUCUCCUCCUUCUGUCAGCGUGCAAUCGCCUGCGUCGCCUCCUAGAAAGCUCGAUGUUCGCGUCACCAAUGCGACGCCUACAAAGUCUCCUCCUACCUCAACCUUGUCUGCUCCAGGCUCUGCCAAUGCAUCUCCGGCAGGCUCUAUCCGCCAUUUUCGCUCUCCGAGUCGGGUAACAACUCCUGCGCUAGAGGCUCGAAUGUCGGCUUUUCUACAGGCCUCACAAUCUUCUGAAACACUGCCCGAGAGCAAAUCCCAGUCAAACGGCGAACACAGGCCGAAAAGUCCCAACUCUGCAGCUCCUCCACCCGUAAAUCGUGCUGGUAAACCAAAGCUCGGCGGCCUUUCCUCUGCGAGUGUCGAGAGUCUAGCGCCAAUAAUUCCAUCCAAGACUGGGAACAGUCAAAUCUCACCUUUCGGUACGCCUCCAAGCAGUUCAGAAAGUACUCCGCACGCAGAGCAAGUCGCUCCUUCUAUACCCCUCGAUUCGAAACCUAGAAAUCAUUCCGCGUCACAUGGCUACUUUGCUGGUGUGAUGGCUUCUCGACCUACUCCAGCACAACCUCGAAAUCCGUCUCCGAAGCCCCUGAGCCGCUCAUACGACUCCUCAUCUUUUCAAUCUUCUCGCCUGCAGAUGAUACCUCAGAGAGCUGCAAUCCCGGUGCAAGAUGGGUCUCAUGACGAAGAUACGCCAGUCCUGCCUCCUCGUCCCGAGCGUGAACUGCAUUCUGGACGUACCAGUCCUACCCGGUUCAAUAACAAGAUCCCUGCUCGUCAAUCUCUAGAUCUGCCGCGGCGGACGAGCGCAGUUGCUGCUAAUACGGACAGUACCAUGAUGCCACCACCGCGCCGUGCUCAACCGCCUCCGCUUCAAACAUCUGCUUCUGCUCUGACACAGGGCUUUGACAGAAGACAUUCGGUCACACCUGCUGCAACUCCUUCAACAAGCAAGCCACCACCCCCUGCUAUUCCUGCGCCUCGGCGAUCGGUAGACACCCGUCGCGAAGAUAUUAGGAGCAUUCCAUCCACUCCCAUGCUGACACAACACGCUGAUGACUUCGAGGAUCCUCCCGUCAAUUAUCCUGGCGGUAAUCCUCAAGACUUUCCGGAUGCAUCGCAAGCAAAUAGGCGUCCUCCAAGGUUCAGAACCCGACCCUGGGAAAUCCACACGGGUUACGAUACUCGCACUUUUGCAGUCUGUGGAGAUAUGGUGUGCACGACAGGCUACAUUACGCGUGUAUGGAGUCUGCGCACUGGCGAAUCAUAUUUGACCCUAUCCCAUGGUGAUAAUGUCAAGGUGACUGCAUUAGCCUUUGCACCCACAGCAAAUGCGGAGAACGAAGGGCAACGACUCUGGCUUGGAACAAAUAUUGGUGAAAUCCAUGAAGUCGACAUUCCUAGUCAAUCUAUUGUUUACACCAAGACUAACGCACAUCCUCGGCGAGAAAUCAUCAGAAUCUUCCGCCAUGCUUCCGAACUAUGGUCCUUGGACGACGAUGGCAAGCUCAAUGUUUGGUCGCCUGGUUCUGCAGGUAUGCCCAGCUUGAAUACAGUACCUACAACUUUUAGAGCUCUACGCGGCCACUCGUGUUCAGUCAUCGUUGGCGGUCACCUUUGGCUUGCCGCAGGUAAAGAGAUAAGGGUGUUCAAACCAAGUGCACCUACUGAGGUCACUUUCAACGUUCUGCAAAAGCCACUAAUAGUAGAAGGUGCGGGCGAUAUCACAGCCGGUGCUAUCAUACCUAGUAAGCCGGACUUGGUCUACUUUGGUCAUGCUGACGGCAAGGUCUCUGUCUUCCAACAUCGCGAAUUCAAAUGCAUUGGUGUCUUCAGCAUCAGUCCGUAUAAAAUCAGCUCUCUAGCAGGAGCCGGAGAUUACCUUUGGGCUGGUUACACUGCUGGCACUAUAUUCAUUUACGACACGUCCACAUCACCCUGGCGGGUCAUGAAGGACUGGGUCGCUCAUGAUAACCCAAUCUGUAGCAUCCUCACGGAUACGCAGAGUAUCUGGAAGAUGGACAAUCGCCUGCAAGUAGUCAGCCUCGGUCUUGACAACGCCAUUAGAUUAUGGGAUGGCAUGCUUCGUGAGGACUGGCUUGAGACCAAGAUGCAGCAGAAUGAUAACGAGUUCUGUUCCUUUGAGGAAAUCACUGCCGGGGUGCUUACAUGGAACGCUGGUGCUUCCAAACCCAACCAUCUCAAAGGCAGUGANAAAGAUGCUGCCUUCUUCAGAGAUUACUUCUCCUCGCAAAAUCCUCCGGAAAUUCUUGUCUUUGGCUUCCAAGAACUGGUCGACCUGGAGAACAAGAAAGUUACAGCUAGUAANAGCUUUUUCAAGAGUAGNAAAAAGGAUCCUACGGAACAAGAGCAUAUGUCGCAUCAAUACAGAGCCUGGCGAGAUCAUCUUACCAGAUGUAUUGAAGACUUCAUGCCGGCUGAUCAAGGGUACACUCUCCUGCACACAUCCAGCAUGGUCGGUCUGUUUAGCUGCGUGUUCGUUAGGACAGCGCUUCGAGGCCGCAUCAAGCAAGUACACACCGCAGAAGUCAAACGAGGUAUGGGCGGUCUGCAUGGAAACAAGGGUGCAUUGAUCAUUCGCAUGAUCCUAGACGACAGUUCAGUCUGUUUGGUAAAUUGCCAUCUUGCUGCAGGCCAGACACAAACGCUUCACCGUAACAACGAUGUUGCUGCCAUCCUUGAGGCUGAAUGUCUCCCAGUAGCAGCUGUUAGUAACACGGCUGGUACGUUUGUAGGUGGAGGCGACGGCAGCAUGAUCUUGGACCAUGAGAUUUGUAUUCUCAAUGGAGAUCUGAACUAUCGCAUUGAUGCCAUGCCGCGAGACACGGUCGUACGUGCUGUCAAUGACAGAAACUUGGCAAAGCUGCUCGAACGCGACCAACUUCUGCUCUCACGCAGGAAGAACCCAGCGUUUAGACUACGCGUGUUCCAGGAAAUGCCUAUCACGUUUGCACCUACGUACAAGUACAACGUGGGUACCGACGAGUAUGACACGAGUGAGAAGAAGCGGGCUCCAGCUUGGUGCGACAGAGUACUUUACCGAGGCCUGGGUAGGGUCAAAUGCGAGGACUACAGGCGAUGGGAAGUCAGGGUCAGUGAUCAUCGGCCAGUUAGCGCACGAUUGAAGAUCCGCAUCAAGAAGGUCGAUGAACAACGACGGGUCGCAGCGUGGAGCCGACGAGAGAAGGAGUUUGAAAAGUACAGUGAACGGAUCGCUGGCGAGGCCAAGUAA